AGAGAGGAGAGCUGCCCAAGACCCUGACUGACAUGUACUCACACUUCCUGCUGGUUCAGACAAAGAGGAAGAAGAUCAAGUAUGCUGAGGGACAUGAGACGAGUCCACAGGAGCUGACGGAGGCUGACAGGGAAGUUCUUCUGAAGCUGGGGAGGCUGGCGUUUGAAGAGCUGGAGAAAGGAAACAUCAUGUUCUACCAAGAAGACCUGGAGCGCUGUGGUCUGGAUGUCACAGAGGCCUCGCUGUACUCAGGAGUUUGUUCAGAGAUCUUCAAAAGAGAGAGUGUGAUCUUCCAGAAAACAGUCUACUGCUUCGUUCAUCUGAGCGUUCAGGAGUUUCUGGCUGCAGUCUACCUGUUCCACUGUUACACCAACAGGAACACAAAGGUACUGGAGGACUUCCUGGGGAAAGGCUAUUUUGAUUCAUCUCUGGAUGUCUUCCUGAAGAGAGUCAUGGAGAAAUCCCUGAGGAGUAAAAAUGGCCACCUGGACCUGUUUGUCCGCUUCCUUCAUGGCCUCUCUCUGGAGUCCAACCAGAGACUCUUAGGAGGCCUGCUGGGUCAGACAGACAACAGUCCAGAAAUCAUCCAGAGAGCCAUCAACAACCUGAAGGAGAUGAACACUAAUAAUAUCUCUCCUGACAGAAGCAUCAACAACUUCCACUGUCUGAUGGAGAUGAACGACCACUCAGUCCAUCAGGAGAUCCAAGAGUUCCUGAAGUCAAAGAACAGAUCAGGGAAGAGACUCUCUGAGAUCCACUGCUCAGCUCUGGCCUACAUGCUGCAGAUGUCAGAGGAGGUUCUGGAUGAGUUGGACCUGAGUCAGUACAACACACCAGUGGAGGGACGACUGAGACUGAUUCCAGCUGUGAGGAACUGCAAAAAGGCUCGACUCACUGCAUGUGAACUCUCAGAGGCCCACUGUGAAGUUGUGGCCUUAGCUCUGAAGUCCAACCCCUCUACUCUGAGAGAGCUGGACUUGAGUCAGAACAAGUUGGAGGAUUCAGACGUGAAGCUUCUGUGUGCUGGACUGGCAACUCCAAACUGUAGACUGGAGACUCUAAGAUUGCGGUGGUGCAGUUUGUCAGAGAUCAGCUGUGCUUCUCUGGCCUCAGCUCUGAAGUCUAACCCCUCCUAUCUGAGAGAGCUGGAGCUAGAUGGAAACGAGUUGCAGAAUUCAAGAGUGAAGCAGCUUUGUAGUUUUCUGGAGAAUCCACACUGUCGACUGGAGACUCUAAGAUUGAGGAGCUGCAGAUUGUCAGAGAUCAGCUGUGCUCCUCUGGUCUCAGCUCUGAAGUCCAACACCUCCCAUCUAAGAGAGCUUGACCUGAGGGACAACUUCCUGAAGGAUUCAGACGUGAAGCAGCUGUGUGAUCUGAAGGAGAGUCCAGACUGUACACUGGAGACUCUGAGAUGGUGAUCUCUGUCAGAGUGAUCAGAAAGUUUGAUGUGUUGAGACACCAUGUGGAGUCCUCCAUCAUCCCUGUGUGUUCCUCUGUAUCUGACAGAGUACCAUCAGUGUAUCUGGACUGCUCUGCUGCUGCUCUGUCCUUCUACACAGUCUCUGCAGACACACUGAGACUCCUCCUGCUCCACCCUCCAUCUGGACAAGAAGAAAAAGAAGAUAAAACCUGUAAAAAGUGUAGAUUUAAUCCAAGUUCCACUGAAGUCUAUAAACUGAAAACACAAUUCUUUCUCUUGUUUUUGUAAAAAACUGUGACUUUAAUAAGAUGAUAAUGGCUAGGGUGGUGGUUUUUGAGAAAAUGUCAAACGGUUUGCCAGAUUGGAUGUCUGCACUAGAAAAUGGUGAAAGUAUCUGAACUUUUUGGAGGUCUCCUAAGAAGCUUUGUGCUGGGGGGAGACGUGUAUGAUGGGCUUAUGGUGUUGUCAUUUAUACCUGUGUUUAUUGUCUAUUUUGUUGAAUGAUCUGAGUAGCUUUUAGUCUCAGAAAUAUGUUCUUUAUUUACCAAAAAAUAACAUAAAGCUUUAAACUUUAAUGUCGUAAGUGCCAUGUCGUCAUGUACAUGCUUAUCAGGGCUGGGUGUUCUAUAUUUACUAAGCCAUUCACAGAACCGUCUUCUGUAAAACAGUGAAAUAAAAUGUAAAGUGCACACACACUAAAUUGCACAUUUGUGCCUCAGCUGAACUUAUAGCAUAAUGUAAACAAUACACAACUCUCUGUGCUGUAUUAAUUAACUAACACCUUGUUUGGUCAAGUGUAGACUCCGUACAAAGAGAAAAGAUGCUUGUGUAAAUCAUUUAUAUACAAUACUUGAUAUGAUAAUUCUCUAUCAAAUUGGGGAAAUUUAUAUUUCAUUGAUUUUUCUACCAAGGCCCAAGUUAUAUGUUCUGUUUUUAUAUUUUCAUCUCAUAUUGCGACGGUUUGUAUUAUUGCAGAAAAAAUAAAACUUUUUA